GAUCGGUGGUGCGCUAUGUCCCUCAAAGCUGUCAGCUCGGUCAUGUGAUCAGCUGUGUCCAAUCACAGCUGAUCACAUGUAAACACUGAUCAUCAGGGCACUGAUGAUCAGUGUGCCCUGAUGAUCAGUGUAGCCCCAGCAGUACCACCUGUCAAAGUCCAUCAGUGCCAGCUGUCAGUGCCGAUCAGUGCCAUGUGCCAGUGCCUAUCAGUGCCACAUCAAUGCCACAUAUCAGUGCAUACCAGUGCACAUCAAUGCCACAUAUUAGUGCCCAUCUGAGCUGCCUUUCAGUGUCAUCCAUCAGUGCCAGUCAGUGCCACCUAUCAAUGCCAAUCAGUG